AUGCUGUUUACCAAGCUCGCGGCCCUCUCGCUUGGCUCGUUUUUGGCCAGUACCGUCUCUGCCGAUGAUCUGCCAGCUAUCGAAGUCAAGGGAAACAAGUUCUUUUUCUCCAACAACGGUUCUCAGUUUUACAUCAAAGGUAUCGCUUACCAGGAAGACAGUGCCAACAGCACUUCGGGUGAUACCUUCACUGAUCCUCUAGCGGACUAUAGUGCCUGUUCCAGAGAUAUCCCUUACAUGCAGGCCGUGGACACCAACACCAUCCGCGUGUACGCUCUGAACACCUCGCUAGAUCACACUCAGUGUAUGAACGCCUUGAGUAAUGCGGGCAUCUACGUUAUUGCUGAUUUGUCUGAGCCCUCGAUUUCCAUCGACAGAGACAGCCCUUCGUGGACUGUGGAGCUUUACGAGCGUUACACGUCAGUUGUGGACAAAUUCCACAACUACACCAACAUUCUAGGUUUCUUCGCUGGUAAUGAAGUUACCAACAACAAGUCCAACACUAAUGCCUCUCCUUUCGUCAAGGCCGCCGUCAGAGACGUGAAGAAGUACAUCAAGGACCAGGGUUACAGAGACAUCCCUGUCGGGUACUCCACCAACGAUGAUGAGGAUACCAGAGUGGCUAUGGCCGACUACUUCGCCUGUGGUGAUGACGACGUCAAGGCCGACUUCUACGGUAUCAACAUGUACGAGUGGUGUGGUUCUUCCACUUUCAAAACUUCUGGUUACCAGGACAGAACAAAUGAUUUCGCCAAUUUGAGCAUCCCAGCUUUCUUUUCGGAAUACGGUUGUAAUGCCGUCCAACCCAGAAAAUUCGAAGAAGUCGGAACGCUUUACGGUGACGACAUGACUGACGUCUGGUCUGGUGGUAUUGUUUAUCUGUACUUCGAAGAGGCCAAUAACUAUGGGCUAGUCUCCAUCGAUGACGACAAAGUCAGCACAUUGAAGGAUUACAGCUACUACUCCGAGGAAAUUAACAGUGUUUCCCCAAGUUCCGCCAACUCCGACUCUUAUACGCCAUCUUCCACCUCUCUAGCUUGUCCUGCCACCAACUCCAACUGGAAGGCAGCCACUAAGCUACCACCAACUCCUAACAAAGACUUGUGUGACUGUAUGUCCAACUCCCUUACAUGCGUCGUUUCAGAUGAUGUUGAUGAGGAAGACUAUGGCGAUCUUUUCGGCAUUGUCUGCGGUGACGUUUCCUGUGAUGGUAUCAGUGCCAAUGGUACAUCUGGGAGCUACGGUGCUUACUCCUUCUGUAGCCCCAAGGACCAGCUGUCUUUUGUUUUGAACAACUACUACGUGAAGAACGGAAAGAGCAAAUCCGCCUGUGAUUUCGACGGCUCCGCCUCCCUGCAGUCCGCCACCACUGCUUCUGCCUGUAGCUCUGCUUUGAGUCAGGUCGGCACUGUCGGCACCGGUUCUGCUAGCGAUUUGUCGACAUUUUCCACUUCUGGCUCGGACUCCGGCUCUGGUUCUUCCUCUGGUUCUGGUUCUAACUCUAGCUCCAGCUCCAGCUCCAGCUCCAGCAGCUCUUCCGACAAAAAGAACGCUGCUGUGUCCAAUACUCAAGGUUCUUUAAGCAAGGUCUUUAUGACUGCUCUAGUGGCGAUUGGUGCCACUGCUGGUGUGGGUUUCGUCAUCGCUUAG